UUGAAAAUGGGAAAGGAAGGAAGAAACAAAACCGAUGAAAACCUAGCCGCCUCACGCUUAUCCUCCGUCUUCCCGCCUGAUCCUCUUCUUCUUAAUAGUUCAGUCGCGCCGCCGUGCUCUCCGUCGCCCUCGGUGCCGCUGCCGUCCCUCCUUUACUCUCGCCUAUCCUACUGCGCUGUGCUGCAUCAGUUCUUCUUCGAUCUUCUACUCUAUUGGUCUUAGCUGAUCGAUCAUAUUAUACAAAUGCCUAAGAAGAAAUCUUCUAAAGCGGCUAAAGAGGUGAAAGAGAAGGUCAUCACGAAGGAGGAAAAAUCCAAUGCUGUGGUAAAAAAUGAAAAGCCCAAUUCUUCCAUAAAGGAGGAAAAGCCCCCUUCAGUAAAGAAACGCAGUGAAAUCGAUGAAAUUUUCGCUGGGAAGAAGAGAAAAAAACCGGAAGUUCAAGAGGCUAAGAAACCAAAACAAGAUGCAUUGGACAGACCGAUGAAGCUGAAGAACAAGAAAAGGGAUGAGACUCAGCCUAGAAAUGACUUUGUAGACCCACCAUCACAGGGUAGAAAGAAAACAGGGGAUGGACUGAAGAUUUACACAGAAGAGGAAUUGGGUAUUGGCAGUGCAGACGCAGGAGGCACCCCGCUUUGCCCAUUUGACUGUUCUUGUUGCUUCUAGACGUCUGCGUUCAAAUCCUUUCUUUCUUCUUUCUUUUGAAGAUGUUGCUUUAUCUGGUAAAAUUCUGUAACAUCUUCAAAUUCUAUAAUUUAGAUUUUGCAAUUUUGAAGAUGGCUGAAGCAGUUUAUUUCUUUCCAUGUGGCUGGUGGUGGGUCUUAUCUGCUAUAGCAUCAGUUUUGUAGGAUAUGCCUUAAGAUCAUAAAUUAUGAAUUGCAUAUAGAAAAUAUGUUAUCUUGGGCGGUGGUGCAACAACAGUCCAUUGUUAGCAAAACUCUUCAAAGGUUUCCACACAAGGUCCAAAAUUCUUUAGCUCAUUAGGUAUGUCAGAUGGUUUUAUUAGUAUAUAAUGCUUGUUAUUACGAUAGAUUCAUAUGUUUAGGCCUGAAUGUUACCAACUUAUUAUGAAUUGCUUGUCAAGGCAUUUACAGUUGAAUUGUAUAGAUUACUUGGACCUUGUGGUGUUAUCAAAGCUGUGAAGUCUAAGAUUCAAAUACUGGAGAGAUUGCUUGAAAUUCUUAAGUUAACGGAAUUUUGAGUGUU